AUGGAGUAUAGUAAGGAAAGUUUAACAUCCGUUUUGAGGAAGUACGAGGUCGAUUCUACCGUCGAUAUCAAGACUGUUGAUGUCAAAAGGGCGGUAGAUAUAGGCAAUAAUUUCGUUUCCGAUGUCAAGAAAGUUACGGUCACCGGAAGUAAAACUGUCCAAGGCGUUAAAAAAGAUUUUCAAAAGUCGAUAAUCGUGAAAGAACUGCUAAAAAAUAAAGGAAUCUCUGACAGUUUGAAUUACGAUCAAUGCUUCGUGAAUGAAAUGAUUGCAUACAACAAAAUCCUUCCAGAAUUGAAAAAAUACACUGUCGACGGUGAACUUCCGGUACCGGAUUGCAUUUACGCAAAUGAAUCAGCAACGGCUUUGGAAGAUCUCUGUCCUGAGGGUUACGAAACCGUGGAUAGAUUCAUUGGGUUCAGCGUCCAGCAAAUUGAGGAUAUCCUAAGGGUGUUGGCAAAAUUGCAUUCGGCUUCGUUGGUGAUGUCGGAGAAAGAUCCUAAGAAGCUGUCUGAACUUUCCAAGCUUAUUCCGGAAUUGGUGUUCGUAAUGGAUCCCACUGGUUUAGCCAAGUCUAUGAAGAGUUUCGUGAGAAUUGCUGUAAGAGUCUUCGAGGAGCUGGAGCCUACGGAGAGGAAUCGCGAAGUUCUGGCGAUGCUGAAUAAGUAUUAUGAGAGUUUCCAAGAGAAUAACACUAAGCUGUUUGAGGUGCCCAGGAAAUACUCCGUGUUAAACCAUGGCGAUGCCUGGGGCAACAACAUCUUGCUGAAGGAGAGGAACGUGAAGUUCAUCGAUUUUCAAUUGAUGCGCUUUGCUUCUGUUGCUUCCGAUCUUACGUACUUCUUCUGCUCCACUUGUAAACCAUCGCUCAAGAUUAAUUUGGAUCACUAUCUUUCGGUGUAUCUAGACUCUUUGCAUUCUCACUUGAUGGGCUUCGAUAUAAAUCUGAAAGAUAUCCUCACCAUGGAUUGGUUGCGUAAGGAGAUGUACGACUUCCAGCCGGUCGGUUUCGUUUGCUCCCUCUGGUUCCUUCCCCUUUAUUUCUUCAAGAAGGAACACCUUAACACGGACAUGUUCACCGAAAAGCAACUCACGGACGACGAGCUUCGUUGGACCAAGUGCACUCCAGAGUUUAAGCAAAGAUUGAUCGAGAUGGCCUACGAUUUUUGCACAGGAUUUAAAAUAUGA